AAUCGAGCUUCACCGCUACUAAUGUUUCGUUGUGGAAUUCUUGUAUUGGAUUGGUGGAAGAGUCACCUGACUCGACUCCAGCAGCUGGGUAAACAUGGCGUCAGUCUCACGGUGUGAUGAUUAUGUCGCUCUUGCAUGCUAGUGGUGCGAUCCCUGGGCGCAUCUGUGGAUUAAACAAGGCGACGUGAUGGUAAUGGAGACGUGAAGAGAGGACUGAGAGAACAGCUGCUUUUCACUGUCUCGUUCAAUGCAUGAAAGGUUUGAUGCUUGGCCGGAUGCUGGGAUUGACGCUAUGUAAUGACUUUUGUUAGCAGGACGCUGAUCUGCGUGCAUGUCGUAUACUCCUUUAAUAUCGAUCUUAUUGUGCUGUGGACUGGAUCCCCCUCCACAAUUCAACACUGAGAUCAAAUUUCCACAGAUUUUGUGAUUAUUAUAAUCAUUCUGACUUAACUUUAUCUGGCUUUAACCUCUGCUCCCUGCCAGCUUGUUCAUAAUUGAUAGAUGAGCCGCACAGUGUGGUCUCUAAUGCCUUGCUCCACAAUAGCACUAUGAUAGGUUCACCUGACGUGGUGGCUUUCACAAAAGAGGAUGACGAUGGUCAGACCACGCCUGACCCGUGGGCCAUUCCAGAGGAGUUCUCCGUUCCCCUCCAUCCUCCAGCUGACUCCAACCCUUGGGCCAAAACCUCCUAUGCCAAGUUCACUAAAGACUUCAUCCUCAUUUCGGAGUUCUCUGAGCAGGUGGGCCCCCAGCCUCUCCUCACCAUUCCCGAUGACCCCACAGUCUGUGGCACCUUCGAUCUCAACUACUUCUCCCUACGCAUCAUGUCGGUUGACUACCAGGCCUCCUUCGUUGGGCACCCCCCUGGUAGCGGAUACCCUCGGCUCAGUUUUGUGGAGGACUCAAGGGUUGUACUGGGUGACUCGAAAGAGGGCGCGUUUGCCUACGUCCAUCACCUUACACUCUACGACCUAGAGGCGAGAGGCUUUGUGCGGCCAUUCUGUAUGGCAUACAUUUCAGUAGAUGAAAGGAAGAUCAUGUUACAAUUUCAGGAACUGUCUGCCUACUUCUCAAAAGCCUCGGAGUGCCUGAAGGCUGGGAACCGCAAAGCUUUUGCCAAAGAACUUCAGCGAAAGCUUCGAGAUCUAGAGUACACUCACUCUGUUCUGCAGAGGGAAGAAGGGCUGCAGAGAGAGGCGGGACCACAAUGCAUGUACUCCGCUCAUGCUGUGGAAAAGGCAAAUGAGCUCGCCAAUGUGGAAAAGAGCAUAUACGAACACAGAGACCUUCUAAGGCAGAUCAGCUCAUACCCCCAUCGUCCCCGCCGAGACCCUCACGCCGUUGCAUGUCAGAAGUGUAUGAGUGAGUGUGAGGAGCUCUUUGUCAAGUAUUCCAAGCUAGCUAAACCCUUGAGUUGUUCCAAUGGUGGGGAGAAAGAAGGGGAUGAUGUUCAGGGACGUAACGGUCACGGAAGCGAAAGGGAGGUGGGUGACGAUGAAGAUGAGCAUGUCAAACGCAGGCCGUCCUACACGCCGCAGUUGAUCAAAGCGAAGUCUGCAAAGUGUUUUGACAAGCGCCUCAAGACCCUCCAAGAACUUUGUGACAACACGUUCUACGAGGCCACUGUGGAGCUCCUGAAGGAAACAGAAAGGAGUUUCCGUGGUGACCUGUGCUACCUGCACACCCGACGCUUGGACCUAUCCCUACGGAAGAAGCUGAGAGUUAUUAACUUCCUCUUUGAGGAGGAACUAUGUGAAGACGACUAUGAGGAUCUUGAUGGAAGGGGAACAUUAAGACCAUUUUGUGCUGUGAAUCACGCUGUGGACGACUCCAAACGUUUGCAUCCAGUCCCUAUCUUACUUGGAUCAGAACAUCCAAAGCCUUUUGAUGCUGCCUCUGAGACCAACCAUACUCGAGACCUCAACCUUGAAGACAACAAUCUCAAGACCUCUUAUUUUGACCAACAACUGGAUGCCAAGAAGCGCUCAGAGAAACCUAAUGGAAACUGUAGCAGCCAAACAUGUCUAAAACCAGACUUUCCGGAUCAAGAGUCUGACUUGACCCCAGACUGCAUCUACAAAACGUAUCUAAAUGGUGAGAGCAACAGUGAAUGGGUAGAGGCCGCUAGUGUUGAAGACCGGAGACCCAAGACUUUGCUACAAGAAUCUACCAGAGAUGAAGGAUGCGAGAAGGACUCCAAGUUUGUUCCAAUGGAUGCCGCAUGCUGUAUGACUCAUGAAGGUUUACUCAAUAAUCCACCUGAUGUGGCGCCCCAUCUCGCUGUCCAUCGUCAGAAUGCUCAAAUCCUGGUGGUCAACCAGGAGCCCCAGGCCCUACUUCCACUCCAGGAUGACUAUGCUGUGGGAUCCCCAUUCUCAGAGAACCACAUAGCUGGACUCCCAGGAGAUGCAGGUUCCCAUACCUCUGCUGAAGAUGGCUCUGAUUGUACUAUGAGUACAUCUACUGGUUCUGACUGGACUGCCUCUCCUCUAAGCAAUGGGGGGAAGGUGACCCUGCGUCAGAAGAAGAAGGCUGGACAAGGGGCCUUGAGGUUCGUGCGACAGUAUCCUUUCGCUAUGCAGGCUCUCUGGUGUUUGCUAGGUGGCAGGACCCUGGUGGUGCUUGGGACCGAUGAGACGAGAGUUCGUCGGCUGGUUUCAGCUCUGGCCCUGUUUGUACCAGCUCCGGGGAAGUGUGGUGAGCGAGUACAAGCUUGGCUGUGCUCCCCUUUCACCCUCACUGACCUGUACAGUUGGAAACUUAUUGGAUUGCAGAGAUUGGCGUCUCCUGUUGGUUCCAGCAUGCUGCACUCAUUGUCCCGCUACAGCCGCUACAUUUCCAUUCUGGAUGUCGACCAGAAGACCUUGCGCUGUCCACCUUAUCGUGGCGAACUCCUCACCAACAUGGCCGAUCACCGCACAUACGUCCGCCGUGGCUCCACGUACUUCCUUCACGUGCAGAGUAUACUGUGUCGUCUGGUGGCCAAGGCCUUUCUGUUCACCUUCACCCAUCAUCUCCACCUGCCGGUCAACAUAACAGAGGGGCCGGAGGGCGUGGAGGCCCGACGCCGCUGCUUCCUCCAGGAGCAAUUGGGGCUGGGAGAGGACGACAGCCAGAUAGUGCUCUACCUCAGCCAGCUGAUCACUCUGCACUACCUGCACAGUUCUGACGGCCGCAGUGCAGCAGCAGCAGCGCCUUUUAAUUUUAACUACACCACCAGCGUUUUAUACAAAAUUUGAUCUUUUACAGAGAGACUCCACCCUUUUGGUUUUUAAUGGACUUGAUCUAUGAUCAUGUUAAUUUUUGAUCAAACUGUACUGAUUUUAUUGUAUUAUCUCUGCAUAUCUGCCUUGUUCUCUGGUCAUGUGUGCGCGCGCAGGAUGAAGGAAACUAGUGAAUGUCAAUAAGUGGUUCAGUUAUGAAAGUAUGUUGACUCAAAUAUGCACACACACUGCAAUCCUGACUCAACAGAGAAAAGGUGGAUAUUUGCAUAUUACUGUUUAUGUUGUAGGAUCACUCCCUACUCAAAUAUGUACAGUAUUUUUAUUUUUUUAAUUACAGUAAAUUAAUUUCACACUGCUGUUCAUGUACAGAAAUAGCUCAUUUGGUCUCAGACGAACUUGAAUUUAUGAUGAUAUUCCUUUCUAUCAAACGUCAUGAGCACCAUGCAAAUUUGUUCCGCCUUUUUCAGCUAAAGCAUUCUUGAUUUUUCACCCGCAGUUCAUUUGAAUCCUGAAGUGGGCGUGACUUCUUUAACACGCAUUCCUGUAGUAAAAUUGUCCUCGUUUUUCCAAAUGUACACGCAAAAGUGGACUUUUAAAAGUGGAUUUUGCUGUUGAGAACAGGGAGUAAACAUUCCGAGAGGCUGUUUCAGCCUUGUUGAAUUUGACACGGUUCUGCUCCCAUGAUAGUGCAUGUCCUGAGAAAUCUGCGUUCACACAACAGCAAAACAAAAGCUGCUGUUGUGAGCCUUUGUUGUGGAUGUUCUGUGGCGUUUGACUCUCAGUCAGGAAACAAAGCUAUUUAACCUUAAUCUAUUGAAUUUCACUAUUGUCUUAAAGGUGUAAGAUUGUUGUGGCGUCAGCAUGUGACCGUCUUGUACUACCUUGAAUUAUUAUAUGCGGAAUGUUUCUGCUCUACGGUGGGUGAAAGAAUUGUUACAGACAGGAUCCUUGAGUUUUGUUUGGGUGAGGAGGAAUGGGGUGUUAUAUCUGAUUUACUGUUGCCUGAUCAGUGGUCUUUAUUGGAUGUAAUCACAAAACGGCCAGUGAAACAAAUCCACAGCAGUCAUGUAUAUUACACUUUUUUCCGUUGUUAAUUUUGUGUUGUUGCUGUACUUCUGUAUCCACUACGGCACAUGUGACUGCAUGGGGCGAAUAGUCAUGGUGGGACUGUGGAUGCUCUUUUUCUACUGCAAGCAAUCGACAUUGUUUUUAAAGACUUUGCUUUCUUCAGCUGUGUCAAAUUUUUAUUUUGGGAAAAUUAAAAAAACAUUUAAUUUUGUUUGACUUUUUUAAAACCCCACUUGUUGCAUGUGACCUAUUAAACAAUUUCUGAUCA